AUGAACACACAGCCAGGAAAACACAAAGGGUUUAACCUAAUACCUAAGCCACAUGCAGCUAAUCAAGUUGUCGAUAUCAAGCUGCAAACUGGUACCAACAACGUGUUAAAUGGCGCGAAACUAUACGUAAUACUCGCUAUGACAACGCUAAGCUGUACUGAAGCAGCAAUGGAAUCUUAUGUAAAUGAUAAAAGUUAUAACGCUGGGAUGAUAUUUAAGCAUCUACUGCAAUCCUAUUUGGGAGUUAUUGUUUUAAAAAGUAGUAGCGAUGGCAUAUUGAAAAACACAUCAAUCACAAUGGCUUUGUCUGGAGCAACUGCGGCCCAACUUUCUUCGUUAUUGGAAUGUAAGAUCUGCUUAGAAACGUAUCAUAAUCCAAAGCAGCUAUACUGUGGGCAUACGUAUUGUCAAAAUUGUUUAGAUGACCUAGCCAUAUUUAACGAAGACGGAAGUGCUGAAAUACACUGUCCAUUAAGAUGUCCCAUGAAAACUAAACUAGAUCCACACGAAACAACAUCAUCGCUAAUGACAACAUAUGUAUUGAAUGACAUUCUGAAUGAACUGUCAAAUGUUGAAAAAGUUAAUUCGCAAUGUCAGCAAAGCAAAGAAUGCAAGCGAAUUGUCGGCCACUCUUGUACAACGUGCGGUGCAAAGAUUUGUAACAAAUGUCAAAUAAUUCAUUCUUGCACCAACAAAUCGUUUACCAAUGUUACUUUUAAUGAAAAAUUGAAAGAAAUGCAACCAUUGUGUGAGGAACAUAACUUCCUUGGAAGAUUUGUUUGUAUUGACUGUGACAAUAAGUUUACAUGCGUAUACUGUAUACACAGAAGCCAUAAGAAUCACGAAAGAAAAUCAGUUGCUGAAUUUGGCGAAGAAGCAAGGAAUUUAAUUCAGUCCUUCCUAGCAUCGUUUGAUGAAACAAAAGUGGUAAUGGAGAACUUGACAAAACAAUAUUAUGGAUCUUUAAAUAAUCUCAAUAGUAGCAGAGAAGCAUUUGUUCGUGAAUUGAAAGUCAGAAAGUUGAAAAGAAUAGAAGAUUAUCUGAAAAUACUAAACACGGAAGAGGAAAAUCUGCUGCUAAGAUUUGAUCAAAAGAUGGAAGAAUUUAAAUAUGAAAUAAUUUUAAGUGGACACUGCACUAGAAUACCGGAAUUUUUAAAAGACAUAAAAGAACUUAACUUAAAAUAUCACUUUGAAUUAGUUGCCAAGAAGUUGGAAAUUGAAAGAAAACUUCGCAGUCUAUCUUCUUUACCAAGAGUUAUCCCAAGUUAUAAUAUGCAUUUUGCAUCCUUAAAUGAACAAGAUUGUUUGAAAAACCCAUUGGGUGAACUAAAAAUCUCUGUCAGUGAUGUAAACUUUGUAAAUCCUUACAAAUGUUCUGUUUACAAAAGUACAAUGGAUAAAAUUGAAAAACUACCUAACCAUGCACAAUUAGAAAGUAAUUUGAAAAAUUUACUUGGGGAAAUGAAAGGUUACAAAGAAUCAAUUGGAAAAGUAAAUUUUGGUUGUUUGAAAAAGCCAACAAGCUGUAGCGCUAUGCCUGUCGGGUUGAUUGAAAUGCAAUUUCACAAAGCUGAUUAG